CAAAAUUUCAUAUCACGGUGAUUGUCUCAUUGACAAUAACAUAACUAUCAUCAUCUCACCUCUCAUUCCAUCCCACAUCCACAUCCAAAAGUAUCCAAAUCCAAAUCCAAAUCCAUCAUGCCAGUCGUUCCUUCGCUGAAAGACACCCCAUUCGACACCGACAUUCGCGACCGUCAUUUGAUAUAUGAUUACGCGGCGCAGGACGCCCAAGGAAACCCGGAGAAAUGGCGCUACGAAAUGUGGUUUUAUAACGAGGACCGCAUCGUCUAUGCCAUCCAUGGCGGUCCCAUGGCCGGCCGCAAGAACUUUCAAACGGCCACGUACCAGUGCAUUCGACCGGGCGAGCUUUGGCAGUGCAAUUGGCUUGAGGAGACCGGUACCAUAUGUUCGCUGGUGUACGACAUUCCGCGGAAGCGCAUCACCACGUUGCUGGGCUUCUCCAAGGGACAUUGGGAGGAAGCGGAGGCGGCUCACGGCGACAAGCGGAAUGCGAAGGAUCUGGAAAGAUGGAGAGGGUUGGCCACGAUUGGCAAGCAGACGGAUCGGAAGCUACUGAGUGAACAAGCAGACAUCCUGGAGGAUUUCCGAGGCCCUGGUGAUUUGGAGCCGAUUGACAUGGAAUGGCCGACAUUAUAG